UACAGCGGAAGUAAAGUAAUAAAUCUCAGCCUGACAGUUUUGGGGGUAAACACAGAUGCGACGUAAGCUCCCGGUGUUGCGACAUAUCAUGGUACAGUUACUUUAUGCUGUGUAGCAGGCUUAUUACACGUGUGUAAUAGCAGUAGUGGGAUAGCUAGCCGCUAUCGUCAUUAGGACAAAGAUAGGUGCAGCUGUUUGGGAGGAGGAGGAGGAGGAGGAGGACCUGCUGCCACCCAGCGCUGUCGUUGGUACGCGUGUGAGCUUUCUCGACUCUUAUUCACCUUCAGCAGGACCCAGCAGAAGUAGUGGGUCUGUCAAGGGUGGGGUAGUCACCAAAGCCCCCUACCUUUCAUCUCUGCUUCUCUGAACAUCCAAGGAUGAAAAGACAUUGCGCAGUGCGAACCGACAUCCCUUCUCCAGUCUUGGGAGGAUGAAGUGGUUGCAGUGGGGUAGCAAGUCCUUUCUUUUAUUCUAUUAACGUGUGUUUUAAAGCAGAUGUAGAACUGGGAAGAUGAGAAUCUUAUGAAGAACAAACCCAGAGACAGGACUCUGAGAAGUGGAACCCUCAUCUUGGAUCUUGCAUAUCUUGUAAAAACAAAUAAUCCUGUUAAAGACCCUCUAACCCCCCCAAAACCACUUUUAUGUUAAUGUAUUUGUCUCCGUCUCCUAGCUUUAGUACAGAAAUAUUGAUCAAAGGUAGUUGGCCCCGUUUUCCUUUUUAUUUUUUACUUUCAUUUUUUUGUUCCUUUGUAAAGAAAUGCUUUACCUGAAAAAGUACUUCACAGAGGGCCUGAUUCAGUUCACCAUCCUCCUGAGUCUGAUUGGGGUGCGGGUGGACGUUGACACCUAUCUAAACAAUCAGUUGCCCCCAUUAAGAGAGAUCAUCCUGGGGCCUAGCUCAGCCUACACCCAGACACAGUUUCACAACCUCCGCAACACGCUGGACGGCUAUGGAAUCCAUCCAAAAAGUGUGGACCUGGACCAUUUCUUCACCACUCAACGGCUGCUAAACCAGGUGCGCCAGCUGGACCGCCCCUUUGUACCCAGUACUGAGCUCAACGCCUGGCUAGUGCAUCGGGACUCUGAAACUGUGGUGUCUGCAAGCAGCCAGUCCAGCUCCAGCAUAACCCUGGACAAUGGGGCCGGCCUAGAGGACGUUAACAACAUUGACGCUACCCCGGCCAUGAGGGGAGGAGGUGGAGCACCUGAAUCCACGUACAACUUGAAUGCAGCUGACAGCACCCUCGGAGCUGUGGCCCCAGAAGGCAACCAGGAGCAGGGCAACAGAGAUGGCAAUGAGGACCUCACCAAAGAGGAUAUUGACUUGAUUGACAUCCUAUGGCGACAGGACAUUGACCUUGGUGCAGGGAGAGAAGUGUUCAACUACAGCAACCGUCAGAAAGAAAGUGAGGAAGAGAAGCCCAGCCCCCAGGAGAACAAAGAAGGGAACGACGAUCCAAAAAGUUGGAGAAAUGGCAUAAACGUGCAUGGAGCUCAGCCAGUGGAUGGGGAGACAGGAGAGAGCAUUCCAGAGCAGCUGCCAGGCCUCGGCUCGCAGACUUCUCUAUCUCUUCAAGAAUGCCUGAGACUGCUGGAGGCCACAUUCCCUUUUGGAGAAGAGGCUGAGUUCCCAGCCACAGGUGUUAACCCAGAAACGGCAGUUUCCAAUGAGGAAGUUCCUUCCACAUCUCAGGGCCUCCCUCUGGCAGCACCGCUGCCGACAGCAGAGCCGCAGUUAGACCUGGAGCAGCAGUGGCAAGAUAUCAUGGCCAUCAUGGAGCUACAGGCUAUGGAGGUGAACAAUACUGCACUUCAGACCAACUUCAACAGCGCAAGUGACCCAAAUUCUUCGACCGAGUCAGUCUCUACAGGAACCUUUGGCGUGUCCACAGACUCGACACCGAUAAAUGAGGACGUCAGCCUUCAUCAGGCCUCCAUCCCCAGCUGCAGCCAAGACUUCACCCAGAUUUUCAGCCCACAACUGGAUUCUCCAAACAUCACCCCAAGAACCAGCAUGCUGAGACUGUCCUCCAGCAACUCCUCCAACAUCAACUCCACUUUCGGAACCACUAAUCUGACGGGGAUUUUUCUCCCGCCACAUGUAAACAGUUCCACUAACAACCUGACAUCAACGCCUGUUUUACCCGAUCCCUUCACCACCCUGCUGGAGGAGUCCAUGCUUGAUGAAAUCAGCCUGCUGGAUCUCGCCAUGGAGGAGGGCUUCAGCCAGGCACAAGCUUCGCAGUUGGAGGAUGAGCUUGACUCAGAUUCUGGUCUUUCCUUGGACUCCAGCCAUAGCCCAGCAUCUCCUAGCAGUUCUGAAACAUCCUGCUCAUCGGCAGCUUCCUCCUCCUCAACUUCUGCCACCUUCUCAGAGGAGGGAGCUGUUGGCUACAGCACUGACUCUGAGGUGGCCACUGUGGAGACAGAGGAGGGAGCCGUUGGGGGUUAUCAACCCGAGUAUAGUAAGCUCUGCCGAAUGAGCUAUCAGGACUUCUCUCAGUUCCACGGCCUCCCUCAACUUGACAGCAUCAGCCACAAUCAUACAUACAACCUGCCAAUCUCCCCGGCCUUCUCUGAGCACCCAGAACUCCCUCUCUCAACCGGGAAGAAGAGCGUCCGCGAUAAACACAGCUCAAAGCUUCAGCCCCCUCAGGACCUGCUCGACAAGCACUCAAGUCGCGAUGAGCGCCGAGCUCGGGCCAUGAAAAUCCCCUUCUCCAAUGAAAAGAUCAUCCACCUGCCAGUGGAAGAGUUCAACGAGCUUCUCGCCAAGCACCACCUGAGCGAAGGCCAGCUCGCCCUCAUUCGUGACAUUCGCAGGCGCGGCAAGAACAAGAUGGCAGCGCAGAACUGUCGCAAGCGUAAGCUGGACGCCAUCAUUAACCUAGAGCAGGGUGUCCAAGACCUAAGGCGUGACAAGUCCCGUCUGCUGAAGGAGAAAAUGGAGUUUAUUCGCUCCCUUCGGCAGAUGAAGCAGAAGAUGCAGAGUCUGUACCAGGAGGUGUUCAGUCAGCUGCGGGACGAGGAGGGCCGGCCCUAUCCUCCCAGCGAGUACUGUCUGCAGUACAGUGCUGACGGCAGCGUGCUCAUCAUGCCCCGCAGCGCAACCACUGCUGAGCACAACCGUAAGCCCGAGAAAAAACAGAAAGACAAAAAGAAGUGAAGCAGGCAGACUUUUGUUCAUUCUAUCACUUUGCUAAAUCGAUAAGAAAGAUUUCUGCAGAUGCAAGAGAGAUGUCCUUUUUUCCUUUAAGAAGAUUCUGGUGAGUAGAAAAAUGGCAAUGACUACUCCUGUGUUAGUUUCUCUCUUUUCAUUCUGUUCCUACUUUUUUUUUCCUGGAAACAACUUUGAAGCAGAAGUCGCUUCUUGUUUGAGUAGAGCUGUUUCAUUAUUUAGAUGAGGAGAAGGGGGUAUAAUAGGAUAUAAAAUGAGCUAUUAGAAAAAAAGAGAAAAAAUAGCUGCUAGUGAUCCUUUUGCACCAAACCACUGAGGAUGGAGAUUUGAACGUAAAAGAAAAGAGUGGUGUUGGAAGUAAAUGAACACUGGCAACAAGGAUGGUCAGAAUACCUAUGCACUGACGGUUAUAAAGGACUAUCAGAUCACAUCCCACACUGGAGACUUUUAGCAAAUUUUAUAGUCACAGAGGCUUUUAAGUUGCAAAUCUUCAGGCAAAGAAGAGCACCUAUGGUUGUGAGAGUUAAGAUACCAAAGGUUAAAGGAGAUCCAUCAUUUUAGAUUGCUAUUAACACCUAAACUAACCAAAGGUUGUAUGGUGCACAUUACAUGAGCUACAUGGGUUCUCAAACACUGCACUCGUAAUCGGUAAGUUUGUCCUGAAAGUUCUGGGGGUUUUUCUUUUAGUCGGUUUCUUGGUGGCUUCUGAGUGUGGAAGGCCCGAGGACAAUGGGUUUGGUGUGUGGAAGUGGGAUGUUGGGACGAGAAGAGUCAGAGACUGAGUGUUCGCGGGCUGGCCACUGCUAAAAGAGGCCUUGAGGUGAAGUCCUGCAAGAGGGAUAUUUUGGGAUGAGGAACGCUGCAUUGCAAAAUGUAUCAACUUCCUUAUAAGUAAUACAUAGCACUGUAAUUUGUCUUCAAAAGGCUUGGCUGUUUGCAUUUCGCCCUGUCUGUCGCUAUUCCUUCGCUGCAGGUUUCAAUGCGGGAGCUGCGUUUAGGGGAGCUCUCAAUAACUUUUCAUAUUCUGUAGUAUAAGCAAGAUUAUAGGUCUAGCCACAUCAACUUUAUGUAAAAGUCUACACCACUUUUGUUGAUAUGAAAAUUUGAUGCGGAGCCUGAAACCGCGAGAGGAUCUAGACAUACUGUGAUGGGCCCGGAGCUCCAGGAAGUACUGUAUUAUUUCAACCAAGUCAAGCUAUCACAGAUCACAUUUAGGGCUUGUUUAUUGUUCAUUAUUUGUUUCCUGUUGGAUGCCCCAUUUUAGCAUUAAAACGAAGCAGGUUCGGUUAUACUGUGGUGUAGGCAGCGACAGCCCUUUGAAGUAAUUUAUUUGCCAACUUUACCCUGCCAAAAGCCACUUGAGGUAAUUUUUAAACUGCUGUAAAGCCAAGCUAUUGACUUAAGUGUUAAGAGUUCUGUUUCUGUUUGUUUUGUUUUCGUUGUUGUUCUUUUUUUACUGUUCGUGUUGAUAAAGUGAGCCAUGUUGUUACGAGAUAAAAGUUCUGCGAAUGUGUGAAAUGACAGCGUAGGUUUGGGCCACUUUGAUUUGAAUGCCUUUAUUUAACAGACUCAAUAUUGUCCCUUUCGAGGGUUUUGAGAACCAUGGAGAAAUGUUCUUAAAGUAGAAGUGCUAUUACUCGUCUAUUUGAAUGAAGUUUGUUGGUGCGUGUUAUAUCACCCUCUUUUAAAAACAUAAAUAAAAAAAGGGUCUUUUGUUGCAGCUGAGACGGCUUUAGUCUAGAAUAUUUACAAGAGGCUGAACAGAACUGGCAACAUUAAGACGAUGUCGAAUAAAAACGUUCUUCAAUUUGAAACGUCCUCAUUAAAUGUGAUAUUCAGGCAUGAAACUGGUUAACAUUCACUUCAGUGUAACCCAGCGCAACACCAACUAUUAAGUACUGCUACUAUUUAGUGCACUUUUUUGUCUGUCUUAUGUAAAUAUUUUCAUGUUUGUGUUAAGAUUUAUGUAGUUUGUCAAACGUCUCCAUAAGUCUCACCCUCUGCUUUGAGUUUGGAUGUAGUUCCUGUUUUGAGAUAUUUGCUGGCAAUCAAGAAUUGUUUUUAUUGAUUAAUAAAGUGUUUUUAUUUUCAACUGUCA